GAAGACCAUCAUGAUAUAGGCUCUUCCAGUCUCCCUUUGAUGUUUCAACAGCCAGCACAGCCCAGGUACAGUUCCCAGAUGAUUGACCUCUGCAACUUUGGUUUCCAGUUCUACAGGAUGCUGGAGCACUUUGGAGCCAAGCCCAUCAAGCAAGAAGCCGUAAAACCAAACAUGGCAUGGCCCAGUAGCCCGGCAUUCAUGCAGGCUCCUUACUCGUAUUAUCCUAAAGUCCAUCCUAGCUUAAUGCUUCCUUUCAUUGUGCCCCCAAACUUUCAUUUCAGGAACACCUUUCAAAUGAAAGGACCUCCAGAGCCAUCCUUCAGGAGGGCUAAAGUAAGAAAAAGUGGUGAAAAUAAACAGAAAGUGGAAAGAGUAGAUGUGAACCUUCAGAUAGAUGACAGCUAUUAUGUUGAUGUGGGGGGCGAGCAGAAGCGCUGGCAGUGUCCAAUGUGUGAGAAGUCCUACACAUCCAAGUACAAUCUGGUCACCCACAUCUUGGGGCACAGCGGCAUCAAGCCACAUGCCUGCACAUGCUGCGGCAAGCUUUUCAAGCAGCUGAGCCACCUGCAUACACACAUGCUGACGCACCAGGGUACCAGGCCGCACAAGUGCCUGGUGUGCCACAAGGCCUUCACUCAGACCAGCCACCUCAAGAGGCACAUGAUGCAGCACAGCGACAUAAAGCCUCACAACUGCAGGAUCUGCGGCAGGGGCUUUGCCUACCCCAGCGAGCUGAAGGCGCAUGAGGCUAAGCACGAGAGCGGCCGAGAGAACAUCUGUGUGGAGUGCGGCCUGGACUUCCCAACGCUGGCCCAGCUGAAGAGACACUUAACAACCCAUCGCAGACCUAUACAGUACAACUGCACCGAAUGCGACAAGACCUUCCAGUAUCCCAGCCAGCUGCAAAACCACAUGAUGAAGCACAAAGACAUUCGUCCCUACAUCUGCACUGAGUGCGGCAUGGAGUUUGUGCAGCCCCACCACCUCAAGCAGCACUCCCUGACGCACAAG